AUGGCCCACCUCCCACGCCAGCACGGGCAGCGCCACGUGAACGCACCGGGCUCCCGCACAGCCGCCAGCGUGCCGAUGGCGCCCAUAUGUGCCGUGCAGGGCCAGCCAGGGAUUGAUGUGCUGACCCCUGAUGUCAGUACCCGGGAGCAUGAGAUGUUCUGGAUAGCUGACACCUACACCCACCCACAUGCCCCCAUCUCUUCUGGGUGCUCUAUGGGUCUGGCCACGCUGGCGCUGCCCAGCCUGGAGGCUCAGGCUUUGGCAAAGGGGGGGCCGCACACCAUGAAGUACCUGUACGAGUAUGAAGCAAACUGCUUCUGUGUUGGGGAGACAGACAAACCCAUUUACAAUCCCAGAGGGAACAAUCCCAAGAAAUUAGAAGACUAUAGGCAGGUGAUGCUGUCCUGCUCAUUCCAUGGCACUAGAAUUGGCUUCCCAAAUGAUGGCAACAUCCUGGAGGUGCCUUGCAACAUCCUCAUCCCUGCCGCUAUUAAGAAGCAGCUCAUGAGGGAGGAUGCACCCCAGAUGCAAGCAAAGGUGAUUGCGGAAGCUGCCAGUGCCCCCACUACACCAGCAGCGCACAAGAUAUUCCUGCAAAGAAACAUCCUGGUCGUGCUGGAUAUGUAUGUGAAUGCAGGUGGUAUAACUGUUUCCGUCUUCAAGUGGCUGAAGAACUUGAACCAGGUUUGCUAUGACUACCUGAGCUUCAAGUACAAGUGGGAAUCCAGCUGCCACCUCUUGCUGCAGGACAACCUGGAGCAGUGGCUUGGCAAGGCCGGAGGGGAGGUCCUCAGAGCUCCUGGCCUGAUUCACCCUUCUCCCUCUCAGAGGGCCUCAGAGAAGGACAUCAUGUAUUUGGGACUGGCCUACACCGUGGAGCAGUCAGCCAAGCAAAUCAUGACCACGGUGGCAAGGAACAACGCGGGCCUGGACCAGGGAACCACUGCUUACCUGUGUGCUCUGAAGAAGGUGUUCACUGUGUACCAUGAGGUUCACCUACUGACACAGGAUCUGGCAGGGCUGCCCAAGUGA